AUGAUGGCGUCUCUGGGUCAGAGCCAGACCAGAGGGAUGUCACUUCCUGGUCCAGACUUCACCUUUGGAACCAGAAGCUCACACAGAGACGGGGGCGUGCCCGAGGUUCUGUCCAGCUGGAGCGUUCAGUCCAGACGAGGAGACUCCGCCCCUCAUCGACCGCUCCCUCCAGACUUCGUGUCUCUGAACCGGGACGCCGUGAAGUCUGGUCUGGUGACAGCCAAAGAGCUGAGUCAGUACAGAGCUCAGAGGGGCGGAGUCAGGACCAAGAACCCCGCCCCUAAACAUCAGGAGGGCGGGGCCUCACAGCGCCAAGCGGUCCCUGACAUUGUGUUUGGAGUCCAAACCAGGGCGUCGUCUCCUCUGUCCGACCUCCUCUCUCAUCAGUACGGGCGCCACUGGAUCGACGAACAGCUGAGCAGGAACCAAACCAGCGACCACAAACAGCUACAGAGGAUAAGACCAGGAAAUAUUCCCGACACCAGGACGAGUCUCCUGAGGAGGAGCAGAGCACUUCCUGUCACACAGACACCGUUCACACUGCCGCGCUUCAAACAGGUUGCUCCUGCUCUCGACACCUUCAGGGACCAGGAGGCUCGUAUGCGGGCGUUCAGGGCUCAUCAGUCGGACUCAGUGUCCAGGGGAGGAGUUCAGGGUCUGGGGACGUACAGUCUGGACUGAGCUGAGGAGGAAACACGUUCAGCGUUAACACAAAUAAAAAAGAACACGCAUUAUAAAUCAGUGUGACGUGUUUUUAUCUAAAAUACAACCUGUGGUCAUCAGAAGAGGAGGAGGAGUCCCUCAGGGCUCUGUACCAGCUCCCUCACUGUUCUCUGUAUAAAUUAAAGCUAUUAUUAGAUCAUCAAAAGCUUCUUUGUAAAGAAAAAUAAAUCACCAGAAACUUUUAAAGAAAACGUGGUGGGUCUGAAAGGCGCGUUAAAAAAAAAAAAAGCUUCUUCAACAACUGCAUAAACAUUUUUAAAGAAAAAAUUGCCAAAAUUUGAAAAAAGACAGUUAUCAAAACUUUUUUAAAAAAACAACACACUGUUGGUUUGAAAGGCAUGUUUCAUUAAAGGAAACAAAAAGAAAUCCCCAAAAUAUUUCGAAAAAACAUGGCUUCCAAACCUUCUCGUGGGUUUGGAAAAGUUUGGGCAAUUUUAAAGAGAAUAUUUCCUUAAAAAAUGUCAAAAGACAAACAAACAGAAAAAGCCAAUAUAUUUAAAAUAAAUAAAUGAAUAAGCCCCUCCCCUGAGCAACA